AUGUACGUAUUUCUGAACCGCAACCUGUCAUUCCGAUCGCGCAAAGAGCCCCCUCGGCAGCGGUUCGGCAUUUCCACCCUCCGUGGGAUGCAAGCGCCGGAGCUCAGCCGCAAGAUGACCAAGCUGAUCAAAAGCGAGAACUCUGCCAUCGGUGCCCAUGAAGCUGCCGGUCGUGAGCGCACCUCGAUCGCCGCCCAGCUGUCUGAAUGGGGAGAGUCGACUGAAGACGACAAUGUCUCCGACAUCUCCGACAAGCUCGGCGUCAUGCUCGCCGAGAUAGGCGAGCAGGAAGACAACUUUGCCCAGAACCUCGAGGACUACCGUGGCAUCCUGAAGCAGAUUCGCAACAUGGAGGCCUCCGUUCAGCCGUCUCGUGACCAGCGCCAGAAGGUCACUGACGAGAUUGCGAAGCUGAAGUACAAGGAUCCCUCGAGCCCGCGUCUGGUCACACUGGAGCAUGAGCUUGUUCGGGCUGAGGCGCAAAACUUGGUUGCUGAGGCGCAGCUGUCUAAUACCACCCGGCAAAAGCUCAAGGAGGCCUAUGAUAUCCACCUGGCGGCCGUUAUUGAGCGUGCCGAGAAGCAGACCAUCCUGGCUCGCCAUGCUCGUCGCCUGCUCAACUACAUCGAUGACUCCCCUGUUGUUCCUGGUGAUGCUCGCCAGGCGUAUGACAAUGAGCCCUUGGCACGCCAGGUCCUUGAGGAUGCCGAGAAUGAUCUCCGUGAAUGGCAACCCAGCGUUGAGCCUAUCACCUCCGCUGCGGGCCGGGAGUCUCCAGUUCAUGCCAACGGUGCCGGUGUUAAUGGACACGAAGAUGUGUCGGAGCGCCAGUCGGAAGUUCUCGAGAAUGCCUCCGUGAAUCCUCAUGAGGGUUACACUGAGCCAGUGGGAAGCGGUGCCCUGCCCGCGAAGAUGGUGAUUGAGCCUUCGCCUGCGUGA